GUGUGUGUGUGUGUGUGUGUGUGUGCUUUUCCUUUUCCUCACACUGGAAGAAAUAUAUAGGUUUUACAAUCUCGAAUUCCACAUAGGAAGAAAUAUAUACUUUUUACACUCUCGAAUCUCACAUAAGAUGAACAGUCAUUUGCACAUCAUGUUAACGUAACAUGAGCUUGGAUGCAAAGACAGAUUUUUACUUGGGGAACUGAUGGAGGCAGGGGUCGUAGCAGGUGCAUGCAGGGCAACUGGGAACUGGAGACUAGGGAGAGAGAUCGGUAUUUAUCCACAAAGGAACCAGUCCAUCCUUUGCCUGCGCACCUAGACGCCUCCAGUCUCUGUCCAGACCACUGCCCGCUCUCCAAGUCCACAUCAGAGGCGUUGAGAGCGAGACAUGCACCUGCGGUGGCUUGCAGGUAACAUCCAAUGCGGGCUGGGUGACUUUCUGCUCCGAGCCUCCUCCACCUGCCACGCUCCAAGCUUCCCGGGUGGCCCCCAGGAGCAGCUCGCCGGGCCACCCCAACUCCCGCCCGGGCGGGCGCGCAGAGCCGAGGGGUGGGCACGCGGGAGCUCUGGGCAUGCUCAGUCGCGCGGGCAGGGCUCCCGGGCGCGGGCCGGGCUCCUGCUGCAGCACAUUCAUCCGCUGCCAAGCCGAGCCGCCGGGCGCUCGCAGGCUGUUUGCGCGCUGCCCGCCGGAGCCCCGACCUCCGCGCCUCCCAGCCCCCGGCUCCCCCCAACCCCCACCCACCCCGAGCCGUGGCCAUGGCCACGCUGGGCCACCCCGCCGCCUUCGGCCGGGUCACCCACGCGGUGGUGCGCGCACCGCCUGAGUCCCUCGUGCAGCACGCGCUCAGAAGCGCCAAGGGCGGCGAGGUGGAUUUUGCCCGCGCCGAGCGGCAGCACCAGCUGUACGUGGACGUGCUGGGCAGCAAGCUGGGGCUGCAGGUGAUGCAGCUGCCGGCCGACGAGAGCCUCCCGGACUGCACCUUCGUGGAGGACGUGGCCGUGGUGUGCGAGGAGACCGCCCUCAUCACCCGCCCCGGGGCGCCCAGCCGGAGGAAGGAGGUUGACAUGAUGAAAGAAGCAUUAGCAAAACUUCAGCUCAAUAUAGUAGAAAUGAAAGACGAAAAUGCAACCUUAGACGGAGGAGACGUCUUAUUCACAGGCAGAGAAUUUUUUGUGGGACUUUCCAAGAGGACAAAUCAACGAGGUGCUGAAAUCCUGGCUGACACUUUCAAGGACUAUGCGGUCUCCACAGUCCCGGUAAUUGAUGCUUUGCAUUUGAAGAGUUUCUGCAGCAUGGCUGGGCCUAACCUGAUCGCAAUUGGAUCCAGUGAACCAGCACAGAAGGCCCUCAAGAUCAUGCAGCAGAUGAGUGACCACCGCUAUGACAAACUCACUGUGCCUGAUGACAUGGCUGCAAACUGUAUAUAUCUAAAUAUCCCCAGCAAAGGCCACGUCCUGCUUCACCGAACCCCAGAGGAGUAUCCAGAAAGUGCAAAGGUUUAUGAAAAGCUGAAGGACCAUAUGCUCAUCCCUGUGAGUCAUUCUGAACUGGAAAAGGUGGAUGGGCUGCUCACCUGCUGCUCGAUUUUAAUUAACAAGAAGAUGGACUCUUGAGUAGCCCUCUCUCAGCCAGCAAUGUUGCACUUAAAAGGCUGGUAACCCUCCCCGCACCUGUUGUUUUCCAUUGACAAUCUGCUGUGCCACUGUGCUACUAACUGGUUUACACAAAUUUAAUUCUAAAUUGAAAUGCUUCGUUCUGUAUCCUCUUCUUCCUCCCCCUCCCCAAAGUGGUACCUAAGCUGUGAAUCUGCUAAGUGAAUUAAGCCAGCUAGAAAACACAGAACUAAUGAACCAUUGAAAUGUGAUUAAUAAUAAUAAGGAAACACUCACUUUUGUGUCUAGCAGAGUGGAGAUCAUUGAAUUGUCCAUAUCUUCCAAGGAAUAUCUUUUUAAUCAAUCAGAUAAGCUGAGGGUUUUUUGUUUUGUUUUGUUUUUGAUCAGUCAUUAAUCAUCUUUGGUUCCUAUGAAAUUCCUUGUUCCCUGGAACUUCUACUGCUUCCUGUUUCUUACUUCUGAAUUCUGAAAACUUGUUUUCUAUUUACUUCCUUUUCCCCUCCCCACUCCUCCAAAAUCACUUUAACCUUGGUUGUUACCCAAGGCCUUGCCUUCUGGAUACCUCCCCUGCAGGUCCACCCUGUCUGUCACACUGGCCUCCUCUGCUUAAUGGCUCCAUCUUCUGCCACCAGGCUCACCCAGACAGAGACAGUGGCCCCCAGCAGGACCAAGACUAAAAUCAGAGCAGCUAAUGGGGAAGAGUGAACUACACAGAGGCAUAUCCUAGAUGGGAUUCAACCCAGAGAUAGAAAUUCCAGAAGAAAUAGGGCACCACACCUAGGAAGGUGAAUUCAGCACCAGAUAGUAGCUAAGGGUCUGUUCAUCAAGAAGCUUGGAAACACCCCAUGGGUAGAACAUCUUUGAAAGGCUUUAAAUCACAUUCCAUGAAUUUUUGCUUCAUUACUGAUCAUACACAGACCUUGGAGAAUGGUCUUACUAUUUUCUUCAAGUUUAUUUCUAUUUCCCCUCAUUGUGACUCACCCUAUUUCCAUCCUUCCACUUUCUGCUGUGUUCCUGGUCUAACUUAAGUUAUUUAUGUAUUUUAAAGGAGCCAUUACAUGUCAUAAUGAUUUUUGAUAGCAGAGCAAGGACCUAGAUGGAACACGUAUAGAAAGUGAUGGGCUUGGGGACUGAAACCAACCACUGCAGCAUAGACAAAGGAUAAUUCUGCAUUAAUAAUGUCCAUGAAUAUUUACUAUGGAAUUCAAUAAAAACUUCUGUUCUCUCUCCAGUCUUCAAAUUACACAACUUAGAACUGACUCAGUGUUCUUUACAAAGAACAAUGCCACGGUGAAGGGCAUUUGUCUUUUUUAACUUGAAAAAGAAUCAGCCUUUUAAGCAAGGAAAUGGUACUUUCCAAGGAAUGGUGAAUGAUUGAGGCAUGUUAUCAAACUUCCUCAUCAUCUCCACUUUUCUUGGAUUGCCUGUGGCUUGUUGAAAGCUGAAAGUCAGGAAAUUUAAAAAAUACUACUUCAAGUCUUGGUCUGCUCACCUGUGUUGUUAAUCAAGCAUCCCUUAUAUUUGGUGACCAAGAGAGAAUCACCUUCAUUCAUUUCAUCUCCCUGUUAGCAAUGGAAGCGAUAGACCUCUGGAAAAGCCAAGACAUCUAUUAGCACUGUCUGUCUUUUAUGAUUUUUAUGCUAAAUUUUGAAUAAGUCCCUUCUCCUUGUUGCUUAACUUGUUGCUUAAAAUUCACAUCAUGUGCAAAUAUACAACUAUGGUAUAAAAUAAGCUAUAUCUUGGUCACUGUCACAUUUCAAACUGCCCCUUAACAGGUAAAUAACAGGUUUUUAUCAUAGAAAAAAUGAAUGUUAUCCAUUAAUUUUAAGUUAAUUUUUAAAUUCUUCUCUGCAGCUUUAAUUGCUUUUUGUGUUGAGUUCAGCCUUAACCUAGCAAAAGCAGAAAUUCUCCGAGAGUUUAUCAUCUCAAAAAUAAUCAUGAGAAAAUUGACCCAACAAUCCAAUUUAUGUUUAAUAAUAAAAUUAAUUGGAAUAUAAUUUUCAUUAUCUUUAUUUCUAUAACUCCACAUUAAGAAGCAGACUCUAUUAUGUUACGUUAAUUGUAACCAGGUAGGUUUUUCUUGUGAACAAUUCGUUCCAAAGGAAGACAUUUUUGCUUUUCCUUUUCUUGGCUUCUUCCCUGCUUCCCUUCUUUAUAUCUGAAAAAAAAAAAAUCACGUAGGCACUGUAUUCUUCUACAGAAUCUUAGUCUGAUCUAGGCUGAAUUCUUUGGAAUUUCUAUGUGAAAUGGUGAUGGGAAAGUCUAAAAUAUUUACAGCAUAGUAAUAUUACUUCUUUGAUGUUCUCAUCAGCAUAAUUUAUCUUUUUUUUAAAAAAAGAUAACCCAUUACAUAAGUCACCCUCUUGUCUAUUGUGAUUUAUAUAGACAUUUGAACUAACAGAAACUACCUUUAAUGAUAACAAGACAUUAGGAACUGUGUUUAACUCAGUAAAAGUCAGAAUUACUCGAUAUGUAGUAAGCUUCAGUUGAAUGAGAACAAUAUAGAAAAAAUACACUUGUUAGCAUUAUUUCUUUAACUGUCAUGGGGAGCUGUAGAAAUCGGCAGGCAGACCUCUCUAAUUUGUAUUGAUUGCUUUCAGCUACGGUGAACAGAUUAUCAUGGCCAUACCAUUGUCUCUAAAGGCCUAGUCUGUAGAUGAUUAAUGUGACUUAUGCACAGUUGCAUGCUAGCCUUUGUAACUACUUACUCCUUAACAUUCUACAUAACUCAGACAUUAUUUGAACAUGCUAAAAUUUGUGCAUUUUAUUUUACCGGGCGUCUUGUUCUAGCCAGUAUAUCGUUUUCUACUCUGUGUGCCAAACCCCGUAAUACCUUCCAAGGCCCUUUAGUUCAGAGAAGUUCUGCACUGAUUUUAGCCUCUUGCUCUCCUGAUCCUACAAGUAUAUCAAUCACGAUGGAAUAAAGUGUGAAUUGUACUGUGA